UGAAUAACAUUUCGUUUUUGUUUUACUUUCUGGCAAGCAGAUUUUACGAAAUUUAUCCAAAUUUACAUUUGCAAUGGAGGCGGAUUUAGAAGUGCAGAGCGAACUUGAGAAGGACACCAUCCCCAUCAAAAUUGGCAUAAUUGGAGAGGCCAAUCUGGACAAGCCCAUCUACUUGGCGGAGCGCAUGGAGUAUGCAGUAUGCACGCCGUUUGGAAAACCAUCCGAUGUGAUCAUCGAUGGCCAGAUAGAAGGCGUCAAUGUGUGCCUGCUAUCGCGCAAUGGCCGCAACCACGACAUCAUGCCCAGCAACAUUAACUACAGGGCGAAUGUGUGGGCCAUGCGCAAGAUGGGCUGCACCCACAUCCUGGUGACCAAUACGUUCAGUUCGCUGAGGGACACCUUCCAGCCGGGUCACUUGGUGGUGCCCAACGAUGUGAUAGAUUAUACGUCCAGGCGUGCUCAGACCUUCUACGACGGCGCCGUGGGUAGUCCAUUGGGCGUCUGUCACGUGCCCAUGAAUCCCACCUUUUGCGAACGCACCAGGCAGCACCUUCUGAGUGCCGCCGAAGAGCUGGGAUUCCCGACGGGAUCCAGCGGCACGGUGCUCACUCUCGAAGGACCGCGUUACUCCACCGUGGCCGAAAACAAUAUGUUCCGCAAGUGGGGCGCCGAUCUGCUGAGCAUGACCCUGUGUCCCGAGGCCAUUUUGGCCAAGGAGGCGGGCAUUCCGUACGCCUCGCUGGGUCUGGUCACCAACAUGGAGUGCUGGUGCGCCAAGCAGCCGAACGCAACCACCCAUGAAAUCAUCUACAUCUUCAAGAAGCAAUCCGAAAACCUCCAGAAGGUCCUGACCACGGCUAUUCGGAAUAUGGCUGCCGAGGAUUGGGCCGAGGAUAUUCUUAAGGCAAAGUUUCUGGUGUGCAGCAACUUUGCUAAUAGUAAAUGAUGGUCGGUCUUGUGAAAGGUAUUGUUUAAAAAAUUAUGAAAAUAUAAAU